GCAGUAUUCACAUCAAGCCAUUGCACGUCUUUCCGCUCACAGGCAACCAACCCUAUCUAUCAACCCGUCAGACAGUCAGCCGGACUGCCUGUCUGUCUGCUCCAGCAGCUGCGAGUAGUCCCUGCGGACCUGCCUCACGUGAGAACUCGCACUGAUCCGGGCGAAAUAGACCUACACGUACAUGCACAUGACACACAUGGAUGCACAGACCAUGCAUGUGUCUGUGUCCGACCUUGCAAUGGUAUGCGUCGUGGCAGGCCGCGCCCUCCCACGCCGACCCCGCACAGUGAGUGCAGAGACGAUUCAACAAACCAAGGCGAUCUUCAGAGGCACGAAGCCGACUGUACAACUGAUCACACCGACAUACACAGAUGGACACAGCUUGCAAGCCCCAUACGUGCAUCCAGCCAUCCAUCCAGCCACUGCAAGUCAUGUUGCAUACCUUUAGGAUAGCGCCUUGUGGGUCAGCUGCACAUCGGUCGCACACUGAUGGGGUGGCGGGGGCCCUCACAGGGGAGCACGAGCGGCGACCAUGGCCUGUGGAUGCACGAGGGGUGGGGCGGGACGGCAAGGGGGGCGGCUUGACCAAGUCACUGUCUUCCUCUGCGUCGAGGUCGAUGAUUAUCGGCUCGGAGGGGGCCUCCUUCUUGACCACCUCUGGCUCCUCCUCCUUGACUCGCUUGACGCCGCGUGGCCGUGGGGGUGAGGGCGCCUCGCUCUUGAUCUCUCGCUUGAUCUCCGUCUUGACGGCAGCAGCAGGGGCACCAGCAGCAGCGGGGGCAGGGCGGCUUGGGCGGCCGUCUCUCAGCACACGCAUCAGGCCCGACACGGCACUGUCUGACACGCCCUCUUCCCCCUCCUCUGUCUUGACUGACACACCAACGCCGCCCCACUCCGUCUUCCUCCGCUUCCUUCUCCCGUCGCCCUCGCCCGCCGCCCUCCGACCUGCUGGCCGCAUCGGUGCGCCGCAGACGGCACAUGCACUGGCUGGGGCGAAGAACAUGUCCAUGGUGUUGGAUGCCGAUGGCGGGGCGAUGGGCGGGGCGUUGUACGAGGGAGGAGCAACAGCAGCUGCUGCAGCGACAGGCCCAGAUGGAUAGGGGACGAGUGACAUCCCGGAGUUGCCAUUGCUGGUUGGCGAGUCGUCCUCUUUGACGGGGGUGCGGGGCGACGGUGCAGGGGGCGGUGUGGGUGUGGGGUAGGUGCGCUUGACGGGCUUGGGCAUCUGGUUGAACCACCGCUCGACAUUGACUUCGGGACCGAUCAGAGCGAAUAGCCGAUCGAUGGCCGGGAUCAUCUGCUUGGUGAUGUAGUAGGUGGCGUUGAGAUGCAGCAGAGGCUGACUCGCCCACGCCGCAUACUGCUCCCUGCUGGCCUGAACCCAACAUACACGUACCGACCAAUGAACGUCACCACGACUGUCGCCCCCGGCACCCUCACCUCAGGCUCGAGUGGCGUCAGCGGGCAGAGAGGCUUGGACGCUCCCUCUAUUCUGCUGGGUGGCACCACCUGAUCGAUCAGCCGGCUGCCGGGCGGGCCAUACGCCACGGCAAAGGGGAUCCGUUCGCUCAUCUGUGGGGUGGCGGUAGGGUCACUGGCGAGGGAUGCGUAUGCGACGACUGCCUGUGGGGGCAGGGUGUGUGCGGGGCCGCCUUGGUUGGCGGUGUAGGUGCCCAGCCGGACCUCUCGGUGGAAGAUGACGUCAUACAGAUUCAACUGAUGUGCAGAAUAGAAAGAAGAUGAGUGCACUUACGUGUUAUCGGGUGCUGCGAUUUCCUCACGUACCUCUGGGCCGCCUCGCAGGAGCGUUUGCCACUCAUUGUAGAGGUACCUCUUCACCUGCAGACAAAUAUGCACAAAGAGGGCCUCGCCCACACCCCAAUCACACCCACCCUGCCCACAUUUCUCACCUGCGAGAGGUCUAUGGUCUCGAAAAUGAUCCUCAGGCACUGCUCAAGCGCCCUCGACGCCACGGGGCACUGGUCCCUCCGCACAUUCUCGAUGCCCUUGGCGUCCAGCCGCGGUGCAGAGGUGGGUGUGUCGUAGGCGUAGCCCACAUACCUCUUCUUGGACACCAGGCAGCAGGGCUGGUAGACCUUCUCCAUCUUGAGCUCCAUGGGCCGGGGGUUCUGCUCACUCACUUCUCGGGCGAUCUCGCGCCCGAUGACGAAGGCAUCCUCUCUUGACCGACCCUCCACCAGCACAAAGAGUGAGUCCGUGUCGCCAUACACCACUCGCGCGCCCCACCUGAGGGCAAACGCAAGAGACCGUGUCGUUUUGCGUGUGGGCCUUUGGUCCGUGUUUGUGGGUUCUCACCUUGGAUUCGCCUCGACAGUGUCUCUGGCCCUUUCCAGGGUGCGUCUGGCUGUCUGCACGAUCGCGUCGGCGAUCUCUCCGCAUGGCAUCCGACCAGAGAAGGAGGCUCCGGUGUAGCCGUAGGUCACGUUGCUGAACAUCUUGAGCCCGAAUUGACGAUGGUUCAAGAUGCGCUGGACAGACACACAUGGAAACAAUCAUGUUUCCUUGCCGUCUGAUCCGCUUGUCUACCCACCUGCAGUCUCGGCUCCUUCAUGGCCUUGUCGUGCAGCUUCAUAGAGCUCUUGACCAUCACACGGGUCCGCAGCACAGCCUCCAGCAGGGAGGGCAACACCCCACGCCUGACCCGUCUCGACACGAACACUGCCUCAUUCGGCAAGAUGUUGACACACCGCUCGUCGGCACCAGGCAGCCGCCCACCUCCUCCCGCUCCCUCCUGCAGCCACUCGAACCUCUCCAUCAGCUCGGCCAUCAUCUCGGGCGUGACGUCGAGCUCAUGCACGCCGAAUUUCUUGGUGAGGUUGACGAGUGGUGAUGAGGGGUCGUGUCUGUCGCCCCUGAGGCGGCCCAGGCAGGUGGAGAAGCAGAUGUUAUAGGCGAUGAUGAUGGACGGGUAGAGGGACUGGAAGUCGAGGACAAUCACGGGGGACCAGUAGAAGUUCGACUCGGGCUCCAUGACCAGCGGCAGACACUCCAAGGCCGUCUGCUGCGUCACCUGAUGGACGGAUCAACACACGGAAAUCACACAUGUGACGAGUGUCCAGCAAUCCAUCCAUCCAUCCACACAUUCCUAUCCUUGCCUGUAUCUUGGAUGCGGACAGCAGGACGUACCCCAGCGCGUGUGCCGCCCUACACAGCAUCGCUUCCACCCGAAACUGACUCCCCCGGCUCAGCACGCUCCAGAAGUCGAUCCCAAAGAGACGCGCAAACUCGGUGGUACGCGCAAGGAGGUCGGUGCUGUCCAUCAGCCCCACCACCAGCCGCACACACCGCAUGACGUAGCGCAGCGCAAAGUGACGGUAUGGGUGCCGGUCGGGCUCGUCUUGGUCUGUGUGGUGCCACCAUGAAGAGAGCGUGAAUGGGGGGAAGUGGGGGACCGUCGUGCCGAGGAGCGUCUGGGCGAGGGCGUGGAGGGAGUACUGUGUAGUCUUGACCUCAGACCUUAGCGUGCGCCACAAGUUGAUGACGAUCCGGCCGCCGAGCGUCACGCCACCUGCACGCAUCAAGGCACCAACCACAUGCAGGCAGGCAGGCAGGCAGAACGAUAACUGAUUCUUCCGAAAAGAUCUUCUGAGAGCUCACCUGAUGCAAGUGUGGGCAUGAAGUUCAUCCAUGGCGCCUCAGACGGAUCCAGCAGGUGCGAGUCCACACCGCUCGAUGCCGGCACGAGAGGGCCGCUGGUCGCUCGGGGCUUCGGCUUCUGCCCUGUUGAGGCGGCAGGGACGAUCGCCCCACCAGUGGAUUGCCGCCGCUGCUGUUGCUGCGUGACUUUGGGGGGCGGCAGAGGUGCCUGGGAUGGAGGGGGGUUGAGCAGACGUGACAGCUGAGUGGUGAUGGUGUUGUAGCCCAGGUACUGCGCCCGACGGAUGAAGUACCUGAAGCCCAGAUCAAGGAAAGCGCAUGGAUGUACACAUGAGUGUGCCGUGUGCCAGUCAUGGUGCCCUCCCUCACCCGAUGGAUUUGCUCUGCACCUCAAAGCCGACCAGGAUAGACGGAUCGAAGUCAUGGAAGAGCCGCACCACCGCGUCAAUAAGCUCCCCCUCGCUUGCCACCCAGUCCAUCGCCCCAUAUCGCCCCCAUCCCUCCACUGGCAGCCCAUCCUCGGUCACGACGAUGCCGCCGUGCCUGUCGCCCUCGCCCUCCUCACCCAGUCUCUCAUCCCGCUUCACCCACAGCACCGCCACCAUGGCGUCCUUCGCAGGGUCACUAGACGAAGAAGCGCCGCCCGUGCAGUCAGCCAACACCUCCACGGCCAAUAGAGUGCCGAACGACAGCCGAUCGGGCGAUGGGGGGGCGAUGGCUGGUUUUGUGUAAGGCUGGUCCUCGGCUGAUUGGAUUGGGUCGUCCUCGAGCUCGCCGGGGACGAUGUGAGGGGGAGGGGGGCCGAUCUUCCUGUCAGCUGCUGCACCCUCCUUGGCUUGCUUGUUGUCCUCUGGUUUGUCGUCGACCACGAAAACAAUCCGCCCAUAGCUGUCCAUCGUCGUAGUGGCCUUCUCAAGGCCCUGCUUCGCCAUCUCCUCCUUGCCCCUUGUCUCCAUGUAGUCGUCGACGGCCUCUCGCACAGUGGGCGGGGGGAUCCCGUAGACAAAGCGACUCGUCCACACCCGGCUGACGGCCAUGCUCUCGCUCUCGUCAUUGGCGGCCAGGACAGUCAUGUGUGGGUUGCUGCUGACGAGCCCGACGCCCCUCUUGGCCUGCUGGGGGCGGAAUGGAGGAGGGGCUACUGGGGUUGGCAGCGGACGGAUGGUCUGUGGCAGCGCUGACGGGGGGAUGUCUGCCGCGUCAGAGUAGUGGGGGUGCUGGGACGGGGAGGACCCGGGCAGAGGGGCGGCAGCAGCAGCUGAUGCACUGGCAGCGGCAGUAUGGGACGAUGCUUGCAUCUUAACAUCUUCUGACGCCCCGCUGUCGGCUUCCUGCUGCAUCUGUUGGUGCCAGGGAGUAGAGGAGGAGGCGGGAGCUGCAGCGGCUUCUCGGCACGCCGACAGGACGUCCUCCAGGUGGCUGCGGAACUCGCCAUUCAUCAGCUCCUCGGCGACGUGAACACGCCUGAAGCCACACAGAAGCAGUAAACAUGUGUGUGCGGGUGUAGCGUCUUCUCUCCAUGUGUCUGAGUUACCUGUCGAAAGGAUCGUUCUUGGCCGUGUCGAAGUCUUCAUCGCGCGGCGGCUCCAUGCCCCUCUCGGUGCGCCGCGAAAUCUCAUCCUGCACACACACGAGGGAGGGACAACACAGGUGAGCAGUCGAUGGAUGCAUCAAGGACACCCAAGCACGACGCACCUGCCACAGAGCAUCGAGCGACUCGGCCACUGGCGGGGCACAGCUGACAUCGAAGUCAAAGGGCACCUUAUCGAGCUCGCCCGCCUCCAUUCUCCUCCUGCCCUCCAUCCACUUGGCCCACUCAACGUUCAAUAUAUCGCCGGCACGCACGUCAGCCUCCAGCUCGCACCGCGUCUGUCGUGCCAUCGAUGACACACGAAUCCCCCGCACGUGCCGUGUCCAGUAGCGGAUAGGCGAGUGUGCUGCUGACGAACUCUCAUAUUGGAUUGGUGGGGAGAAGGAGGGGCGAGAGGGGAGAGGGGGGCGGAAUGACACGCGUGACGGGUCGGCGUGCAGAUCGUCCAUGCCGCGGAGGUUGUGUUCGGCCAGGAACUGCAACAGGUGGGGCAGGUGAACCUCAUAGGGCUGGAAGGCAUGGUUCAUCACUGCGCCACGAUGGAAUAGAGCCGCUACCUGUGACACACACACACAGACAGAGAAAGGAGCAGAUUUCUGGUGGCCAUUGCUCUGCCCACCGCUUUCGUUGCCUCACCCGAUGGAGAUGAGCGGGAUUGACACACGACACCUUGACGAACCGUCUGAACUCCCCGUGAUACCCAUAGAUCCCACGCCGCCACACCACCGCCAGAUCAAAGAUGCAUGCGCCCCGGCCUCCUUCCUUCGUGUAAAUGCUCUCCGCCUCUCGCGCCAUCCUCUGGAGGAACGCAUGCCGCCGGUUGGAUGAGUCGGCAACUUCAUCACUCAUGGCGUCGGUCAGCUGGACAUAGAAGAAGGGCAAGAAGGAGUGGACAUGCAGGGCACACAUCUGGCCGGACGGGCGAAGAGGACCAUAGAUGCGGACAAUGGGCACGAGCUGGAGCUGUUUCUGCGUCAGAGGUGACGACGCAGGAUCAAGAUCACGCUGUGGAGGCGCCAUAGUUGUGUCCAUCGACACGAUGCGAAUGCUGAACCGCGAAUCCAUAAAUGCAUC